UCACUGUAACAUAUAUUCAACAUACUACACUGAUAAUAAUCGAUUAACAUACAUCGAACUUAAUCAUCAGUACUGAUAACAGUAUACACGUUCAAUUAAAUAAAAAUGCAGCAGUGUUAUUCGCGACCUAGAGAGUGACGAACGCUCUUUCUCUGGAAGAAAAAUUUUAUUUUUGCCAAGCGGCUCUGGAACCAAUUGAUUAUCAUUGCAUUCUGAAUCAUGUUUUUUUGCCGUGCAUAUUGCAGGUCUUAGCAUAAUUUAAAAAAAGUUUUAAUAUUAAGAAAGGUUAUUUCGAAGAAGUUAGUUGCAAUGGGUAAUUCGAAGUCAAAGGCAAAACAGAAGGAGCCUGAUAAGUUCUUCGAGCGGGAGAGAUGGAAGGAGGUGCAGAGAGAGGAGAAGAGGAAGAAGAAAAUAAAUGCAGCAAAUAAGAGGGUGGGCAUGAAGGAGACGUCGCUGCCGACGUCGCAGCCGCCGAAGGUGGUGUCUGUGCCGCCGGCGCCGGCGCAUGUCCGCUCCUACGACAGCGAAGCAAUAGACCGCAUGCGGUACCAGCUACACAACGAUGCCGAGGCCUUCCUCAUGAAUAACAUCUUGCUGUCGGUGCAAUUUUUUGAAAAUUAUGAAAGGGAAACACAUCAUAUAAAGAACAAUCCUAUAAGCGAACGGGAGCAUCUAAUGGAUGAGGCGAUGGUGCGACGUCACAAGCAUGUAUUCUUCGCGGACCGGCUGCAGGAAUGCGUGCACGACCACGUAACUUACCAACGACGCCGCGGUUCGCCUGAACCACUCGCUGCACCACGUCUCUUCGUCAUCUACGACAAUGUAGAAGCUAGCGAACCCGGCGACACCUCCGACUAUAGCGCAGUCCUUGAUGCACCUUUCUAUAAGCUUUUGGUGGAAGAUUGCAAAGAACCAGGAUAUGUUAAAUUAAAGAAACUAGAGGUCCUUGAAAGUCCAAUGAUUCGUGAACUAGACGAAACCAAACCAGCGGAUAAUGACAGCGUAUAUACUGACUCAGAAAAAGAGUCUAAUGAUUCCGAUGAAGGGCCUUACGUAAGGAAAGGCGAAGAAUUAUUGCAGAAACUGGAGUCAAAACUUUUAAAAGCUCACGUUAAUGAUGGGUAUGUGAAGCACUCUAAUUUGAAGUUAAAUCCCGUGGAACUUUCAGGAAGAAGAGGUAGUGGUCCUGUUAAACAACUUAGCGUACAGGUCGAAAAGAGUAAGCUUACGAAUAUAAAUUCUAUGCAACGAUCAAAUGCACCUUUACGCGAAGAAACAGAAAAGAAAGAUACUUUUGACGAAGAAGCUAAACCUAGAAAAUCAAUCUUGAAAAACACGAGAAGACCGAGUGGUCCAUUUAAAGAAGUGAAAAAUAAAAUGCAAGUACCUGACAUGAGAAAAGUAACUUCUGAAAAUACAGUAGCAGAAGAUACAGAGACAUCCGGGUAUCGAUCAACAUCAAGCAGUCGUCAAAACGAAUCAAGUGAAACAGAAUCAGACUACGGCUAUUCCACGAUAACUGAAUCUACAACUCCUAAAAAGCUGGAACUCCAUGAACCAUCUAAUUACUCAGCUGGUUCUGGUGUACUUCCUGAAGAGUGUUGGAGUACAGUACAAGUACGCGCUUUCGAUAGCUGGACUGAUGACGAGGACGACGAGGACAAUGCUCCAAAAAUAUCUUUGUCACGUAAUCUAUUUGAAACUUAUCAUUACCUGGGUUCACAGAACUUCAUGAAUAACUUUGUUGAUAAUUUUAUCAUCAACUUGGGCUCCGGAUUGGGUCUAUCUCAAGAUGCUAUAAAUAAUGCAUUAACACAAGGAGCAAGUGUAUAUUGUGAUACUAUAAAGAACGGCAUCAGGAUGGGCACAGAGAUUUUUCCAGCUUUGAUAGCUGCGUGGCCUAAUGCGGCUAAUCAGUGGAUUAUAAGAGAAAGAAAAAUUAUACAAAAUCCUAGAACCAAUUUCAGUUAUCAAUGGCCAACCAAAUAUAUGGUGAGCAAAGCUAUCGGUUUUGGAUGUCUCUUGGUUCCAGUUGGAUUUCGUUCGAAGAGGGGACACAACCCCGAGCAAACAUUGCAGUGGAAGAUUAUAUUUCCCGCUGCUGAACGAUAUUUAGAAAGUUGUUUAGCGCAUUCUCAUAUGCGAUGCUACUUGUUUGCUUUAGCUCUUCAAAAAACUUUUCUGGAAAAUGAGGGUUCAAAAAUAGGCAUUGAUGCAGGUCAUAUUAAAAAUCAUUUGUUUUGGCAAUGCGAAGAUAACUAUGCAAAGUGGCCGGAAGAUCGCCUUGGAGAAACACUGAGAUUAUUUUUAAGAACAUUUUAUGUUCAUUUUGGCCAAGGCAGAUUCCCAAACUACUUCAUUGAAUCCUGUAACGAUUUUAAAAGCAUACCAAGACCAUUGCUACUGAAACAACAAAGGCGACUGGCCGACAUCUUGGAGGCUCCGGUGAUGCAUUUACUAAGUGCCUUAGAUAAACUGAAGUAUGCAAAGAAAGAAUUUUAUCCGCCACUCAACUGUCAUAGGCUUUACGAUAUAUUGACAUGCAAAAAUCCAUUGCGGUUAAUAAACCCUAACUUACCAGAAACAAUCCCGACGAAUCAUGCGAGUUCUGACAGCGACGAUGAUACUACAGUAGAUUUUUGGGACAAAGCGAGGGAUAAACAAUAUCAAUGGAAAAUAGAAAGGCAGCGACAGAUACAAGAACGUCGUAAAGCACAGCUGCAUAACAAAAAGCAAAAGACAGUUCUUAAGCAGGAAAAAGAAAUUAAUACAAAAGUGUUUUUACCUGCGAAACUGGAUACAGAACGUCGCAGACUUGUACUUGAUUUUUUCAUCACUCACUUUAUUGCAAUGGCACGAACAAGUGAGAGAUUCGAAGCGAUAAAACAGGCGAUUAUUUACUUGGAGCAGGCUCAGAGAUUGUGCGUUUUAUUGAUGGACGACCCUGGAGGUGACAUCACAGCCAACGAGUACUUGGACAUCAUUCGCGAGAAGUUGGCGGAUUGUCAACGGAAACUGGUAAAUCAGGGGGGAUUCAAGUUACCACCACGGAGAGAGAGCCAAGUAGACCGGCCGAUACAGAAGCCUAUUCGCAAAAUGCGACCGAAGUAUCAACAUAUUGUGAGCCAAGACUCUCCGACCGACACAACCGGCGCCCCAGCAUUCACCUUCGUAGACGUGCACAUAGAAAAUUCGAAACAGGCAGGUAAAUCAAUUACAAUAGACGAAUCGGAUGAAGAGGAUUCUAAGUUGUAGUACGUAAUCUAAAAGAUAUUAACGUACUUAUAUAGAUAAAGGCUUAUAGAGCGAAAUGUAAAUAAAUCGACUUAUUAUUUUAUAAUUGGUAGAGUAAGUAAGUAUAUCUUGUAAAGCAAUGUUAUCAGUGUAAUAACUAAUAAUUAAGUAUUCAUAGUAAUCAUGUUAUCUAUAGGUACUUAUCUGAUUUUUGUAGUGUUGGCUACUAGCCCAAACGGUUUCACAAAUCCGCACUGUAGCAGCGUGGUGGAAUAUUCAGCGUCACUGUGGUGGUGGAGCAUACGCUCACCCUCCGGUUGAAUGACGGGAGGCCUCUGCCCAGCAGUGGGAGGUAUAUAGUAUGAGAUAAAAGUAUUUACGUUACAAGGGAUUUUUAUUUUUAUAGCAGUCACCCUUGCUUAGGGAUCCGUAUUUAUAAUGACGGUGUUAUACUUAGAUCGAAAGAUUUAGUAAAGACAGGAUGAGGAACUGGUGUAAUGGUUAACAUAGUACCGGCUUGGCAAAAGCUGCGAGUACAUGUCCCGUCUGAGUCAGAUUUUUUCUAUUUAAUUUUCUAUUUAUGUAAGUAUGAUUGUUUGUAUCAUCGGUAGAAUAUAUUUUGUGAAUAAUUUAUUAGAAUCUCUUGUAUAUUUUAUAUAUUUUUUGGCGGAAACUGUUAUUUUGUGUGUAUUUAUAUUUAUAACAUUUUUAAGAUGACAGAUAUCAAUCAUAUAUUUAUAAGAUUGAAUAAAAUACAAAUGAGAAUAAAAUACAGUAUAUUAUAUGUAUAAUAUACACAGGUUUUAAUUACGAAAAUCAUUUUAAAUAAUAAUGAUCACUUGUCGUAUACUUUUAGGAAUGUAACCGUAGUAAAUGCUAAAGGAGUUCCCUAAGAUGUUUUACGUUUUAUGUAAUACCUAUUAAAAUAGGUAGGUAUACUAAAAAAAUCGUAUUAGUGGACACUUAGACGCGAAACGUUGGUAUGUGGCAACAAGUAUAUGAUAAUAUGAUAUUAACCAAUGUAUUAAUUACUUAAUAUGGCAUAUGUAUACUUGUAUAUAUUUAUAUUUGUACUGUACUGUACUUAUAUUAAAAAAUGAUUAUAAUAACAAAAGUAGUUUUAUAACCCUUGGAGUAAAGAUGUACAUUGUAGGUGUAGCUGUUUAUUUUUUUCUAAGGCGGACAUUUUUCUUCGGGUAUUCAUCUAUUUAAAUAAAGAACAUAUUCAAUUAUUUCUUCUAUAAAAAUUGCUUAGUUUUUCAACACUACAAAUAACACCGAAACUGGUAUUAAUCGAGAGGGAUUGUGUUGAUAAUGGACUAUUAGUCCUUAUUACUGCUUUUAUUAUUAUUGCGUAUGGCAUACAAAAAUAAAAUAAGUCUCUGCUGCAUCCGUCACACAAUACAGCUCGGCUAUACCACCUGGGAACUGGUGCAGAGGGCACUCGUUCACUAUGUGAGAUAUGGUUUGAUCCGGGUGACCACAUUCACAGUAUGGCGACUCCUUUAAGCCCCAUUUAUGUAGGUGAUGGUUUGACUUUCCAUGGUUGGUCCUACACCGGUUCACCACUUCAUCACUUAUUACUGCUGAUUGCCUUUCACCAAGCGUCAUUACCCAGUGAGUCGUUCCCGGGAAUGUUCCCAAAGUGGGAAUGUUCCCGUUGUAGAAACUUUUAUAGUAACGACACUGGCUGUUUUUCUUAUCCAAAUUGUUCUCUCUUGUACUCUGGUCUUAUCUGCAUAAAGGUUAGGUAAUAUUACAGGCACAUUUUACAUAAGUUUUGCGCCUUUUUACUGCCGGGAAUAUUCCC